AGUAUGAGUGCAAAUAAAAUGUCGUGUCAAAAUUUGGUGAUAGAGUUUCCAAAUUGAAAUAUAGAUUACAAUUCAUUGCCAAUUCGAACGAAUUGUUUUGUUUUACAUGCAAACACCAACUAUUAUCGAACUUUUUAUUUCAAUGUGCUAAAAAAAUCAAUUUGCAAAGAUAAUCGUCGUAAUAUUUAUUAGAUUUCCUUACACAUAUACCCUAGUCAACUUGACCCGAAAAAAGUUUAGAAUUUUUAUGCGUUUGUUGUUUUUCUUUUUUUCGUGGAAAAAGAAUUUAAAAAAUUUAAAAUUUUAGCCUGAUUUAUGCUCUAAAAGAUUGGUAGAAAAUGAAAAAAAUAUUUUCAAAGUUUGAAAAAAAUGAAAAAAUUGAAUCACCAGUGAACAAAGAGUCGACCAGUUAUGUAGGAAAAGUGUUCAAAGUUGGAAAAACUUCGUACAAUGUAAUUGAUAUUCUUGCUGAAGGUGGUUUUGCUAUGGUAUUCCUUGUUAAAGGAAAUAAAGACAAUAUUCGUUAUGCUUUGAAACGGUUGUAUGUAAAUAAUGAGCAAGACUUGAAUGUAGCCAAACGGGAAAUUCAAAUUGCUAGUAAUUUGACAGGUCACAAAAACAUAAUCGGUUACAUAGACUCAAGCAUAACGCCAACGGAAAAUGGUGUGUACGAGGUAUUGCUGGUCAUGCCGUAUUGCAAAAACAAUAUACUGAGUAUGAUGAAUGCUCGGCUAUCCGUUGGUUUCACCGAACCGGAAGUCCUACAAAUAUUUUGUGAUACUGCAGAAGCUGUUUCUCGGUUACACUACUGUCAAACGCCAAUAAUUCAUCGAGACAUUAAGACCGAAAACAUCCUGCAAAACGAUGACGGCAACUUUGUGUUGUGUGACUUUGGCUCGGCAACGGCUAGGAUAUUGAAUACGAACACUCACGGGAUAGCCAACGUUGAAGAAGAGAUCCAGAAGUAUACGACCUUGUCAUAUCGAGCACCGGAAAUGGUGGACUUGUAUGCUGGCAAAAAUAUUACAACGAAAGCGGAUGUCUGGGCGUUGGGGUGCCUUCUGUAUAAAUUAAUGUUUUUUAGUUUGCCGUUUGGGGAGAGCAUUUUGGCUAUUCAAAGUGGAACGUUUUCGAUACCCGACAAUUCAAAGUAUUCGAAAGAAUUGCAUCAAUUAAUACGGUACAUGCUGGAACCGGACUACGACAACCGACCAAACAUCUUUCAAGUGUGUGAAAUUGCAUUUAAAUUGCUGGGCAAAGACAAUCCGGUGGCAAAUUUACAUAAGGUGAAAUCACCGUCGCUGGUCGACCUGCCAAUUCCACCGUUCGAGUCUGAUCUGAAACGAUCGUCGCUCAAUGUCAAAACGUCAUCCAAAAUGCAACUUCCGACACCGGAGGCUGGGACAAGUGUUGCGCCAAGACAACGUCCAACUGUGCAACGUCCCAAAGGUUCUGCUCAGCCGUCACAGUUACCCCUAGUCGCGCCGCCCAGUCCAUCUCCGCGGAAUAAUCUAUCGUCUCCGGUGCCUCCAGCUUCCCAAGUGGACACACCGUCGCAACCAGUUUGUGAUCAAUUCACUGCACAAUUUCAAGCCAACUUUCCGGCAACCCCAACCACUGGAACCACUGUUCCACCCAAUCAGCUGACACCAAAACUAGCAAACUUAUCCAUUGUGAAUGCAACGACCCAAUCGUUUGACGGUGAUCAUUCGGAUAAGCUGUUUGAGUCCCAAUUUCCCGAUCCGUUCAGGGAGGUGGCAGCUACGGCCAAAGAAAUACGAAAUGAACCGUUGGAAACAAUCAAUCAGGAGAGUGGAAAUAUUGUGUCGCCUACCAAGCCUCCAGCGCAAUUACUGCUAGAAACACCAAAAAUCGGCCAUCGCCGCAAUAUGAGUGACACGUCAGCAUUCAGCAAAAGCUACACGACCGAAACAACUCAAUUUCUAGCACCAUACGAAAUAUCCCAGCGUAAUCGAACGAUACCAUCUGCCUCACCAUCGGCCAACGUACAAUUUACGUCCGAGCAAUGUGUAUCGAAUCAACAGCAUGUGGCCAAUAGGCCGAUACAGUUUUCGUCGUCGACGUCUAAUUCAGAAAUAGCUAAGAUGUUAGACGAUCCGGCGCUGGUUCACCGAGCACCCGGUAAAGGUAAAUGGAAUCCGUUCGAAGAUCCAACUCCGUUCAGUCAAAUGACCGAAGAUCACAUAUUUGAUGCUGAAUUCGAUGCGAUUAGACAGCGAGGAAGUCAAACGAGUGUGACGGAAACGGGAGCAUCGGCAAUGGAAGCAUUACCCGAUGGAAAUGUCACUGCAGAAGAUCCAUUCGGUUCGGCACCAUUCAGUAUGCCCGAAGUAUUACGAGAAAGAGCAACGACCAAAAAAAGUGGAGGUCGUCUACCGAGUGACUCAUCUUACUGGCGCCUAUCACCAACCAUGGAAAACACGGGCAGUUGCUCAGAGGAUAAAACCACGCUGAUCUCAUCGUCGCACCGAAAAAGCUUCCCCGAUCAGCCAUGCAGUGAUUCGUCGUCAACACUGCAGACAUUUGGUAAAAUUUCGUUGGAAGAUCGUACGAAAUACGAAAAAUUCGGAUCGAAUGACGUCACCUCUGACGACAGUGAUUCGGAAUUUCGAUUGUACGAUUCGUCGACCAUCAAAAAAAAUAAUUUCAAACAAAUUGUGGCGAGUAACAUCCACGAAAAGUUCCAAGCUGUUUGCAAGAGUAAGAAUCAAGUUAAAGUUCCGAUUGUCAGGAAGCUCGCCAAAGUUAGAUCCUCGAAAAUGGCGGCAACGAAUCAAGCUAAAGUUCAACCAGUCGGGAGCACUCAACCGAAAGAAUCGAACCGAAGUUCCGAUAAUGAUUCCAUCGGCUCGGCAUCCGAUCUGCGUACGGAAGACGAUUGCUUCGAUGAGGAUCCGAGAAAAGCUGACAGCUUCCUGACGAAAAUGGAUCGCAAAAAGUUCGACGAUGGCGUCAGUGAAAGUGUCAAAACGUGUGGCUCCAGUGCAUAUCAUGCCGAAUGCGAAAGUGUAACGACAAACGAAGAUAUUGCGAGCAGGGUUGUGGUUAGGGUUCGAAUGAGGAAGAAGGACUCCACCAACAGUAUCAUUGAUGAAAAUCAGUUGUCGCCAAUGUCAGACGAUUUUUUGCACCAAUAUGGGGAUCGGCCGCUGUUAUUGGACGAUGAACUGGAAUUAGAAUACAACUCCAGUGAUAAUGGCGAGGACGCCAAAGAGGACGAAUCUCCGGAAGAACUGGAUGUAUUCGCAAUGGCACCGUUCAAACUGCCUUUACCAAAGGCGAAAAAGACCAAACCCUCAAAGAAUUCGGUUCACGAUUCAACGAAUCCAGUGUUCAUGCAAAUGGUAGACCAAUCGAAAUCUUCAGAAAUAUGGACAUCAACGCCGAAAAAAGCUUUCAUUCCGUCUUCAUCUGUUAGUUCUGUUACUGCAUGUCAUGCACCUCCAGUUGUCCAUUCCAGUGAUACGGUUAGAACGCCGGCCAAUACAAGCAUCGAGAGUAUUUCUAGUUUUGGAAAAGUCACAGUUAUGUCCAAUCCACCAUCUGGUUCGUUUCCACCAGUUGACAUAUUUGGUUCGGUUCCGUUCCCACAAGUCAUUAGCGAAAAAUCAGCACAAUUUGAACAAAUUCGAUCAAUGGAAGACACUAAAACCAAUCUUACUGUAGUCAACGUAAACAAUGAGCCACCUCAACGAGCACUUCCUCCCAUGCACACACUACAGUCUUUGGUUACUGUCAAUCAAUCGAUUGUAAUCGAUAAGAAUCAUCUCGAUUUGGCGUCGAAUUCCUCUCGCAAAUUCAUCAACUUUUCUAAUCCACCGUCUGAUCACAUUCUACCGAUAGCUGACAACGAAUUUGUUAGCAAUCCGACUAUCUACAGUCAGUACGACGAAGAGGAAGAGGUUUUGGCGACAACAAACAAAUCAAAACACACAAAGGAGAAAACCAAAGACUCUUCGUCACUGUCAACGUCUUCCGUUCGUCUUCCCACAAUGAUAGCAUCUAAAGUGAAUCCGUUAAACUACAAGAAAGUGUCGUAUAAACCGAGCAAAAAAGACGCCGCUGAUCACCCGUAUCAAAAUGGUUUCAGUAACAUGAGCUUUGAAGAUUUUCCGUCCGACAAUGAACUGGACGUGUCGAAAGAAGACAAUGUUAGUGCACGCAAAAUCACACCAUUUGAGGUAAUGAGAAACGAUAAAAUUGUGGUUGACGUGGAAAAAAAGUUUAGUUCGUUGAAGAGGAAACCGAACUUGUUUUCAUGAAUCGGUUUGAUGGCCUGAUUGAAAGCCAAUAAAUUAGAGCAUUAAUCGCCGUAGACCGCGUCACAAACACACUUUUACAUCAUCCUCAGCGUCACCACUUUUAAGAUUGUUAAAUUAUGGAGUUUUGUUGCUAAGUAAUGUUAGGCAAAAAUUGGUUUUCUAUUCGACAGUAUUCUGGCUGUCACAGCUACGGUAAUAAAUACAUACCAAAGUUGGCACACCACUGAAAUUCUACUAUUGACUUCCGUUUGCAAGAACGGUUUUUUACCUGGCAGGCUAAUCUUUGAAUGUUAUGCUUUAGGUAGUGUAGAGAUCCCCUCUGGUAACACCAAAGUAUAUAAACACUGAAGUUAUGCAAAAGCUCAGCAGAUCACAAACUUUGCGGAACCCAAGUUUCCUAUGUCGCCAUAUACCGAUAUUGUGCGUAUGUGUAUCGAUAUGCAGUAAAUUCACCAAAACUUCACCUCGAACUUGGGUACUGUGAGCUUUUGUGGAUUUGCAUUACUUGUGUGUUUAGAUAGUUUGGGUAACACACCACUUUUGAUGAUGAUUUUUACGAUGCCUUAUCCAACGCGUCAGAACAAUUCCCCGUUAAAUGUUCAACGAAGGUU